GCCAGCAGCCUGCCGCACAGCUCACUGCUCCACAGCAUCCCGCCUCCACGCGUCGCCGAAUCGCCGAAUCGCAGCGGCUGCCAUCCAGCUCGCAUUCUGCGCUAGCCUUCCGAGCGCAGUGCAACAUCGGAACCGUCGCUGAGUGUUGCUCCCCGUCCAGCCCGCAUCCCAUCGUCGCCCCAGCAUGGCUGUUGAGCGCCCAUGGCCUCAGUGAGAGGCGCAAGAAGCACGUUUGUCUACCAGCUAGCUCUGGCAGCAGCACUCUGUACGUGACAGCCUUUGUCGAGGCACGUCAGCGCGACACCCAAAAAAUGGCGCCCUUCUUCUCCACAAAGCGCAACGCCGCGAAGCGCAAUGCCUCGAGUGUCGCGUCGCCCGAGCCAGUCUCGAGUCCGUCGGCCUUCCCGCUAUCGAGCCCUGCGCACCCCGACCACGACUACCUUUCGAGCCCGCGCCUGGCCGACAAUAACAAUGCGGGCUACGCGUCCUCGUCGCCUGUGUCGCCCUUCCCCCCACAGCUGCCUCCAAUUCCACGCGUCGCAUCCAAGCUAAACAAGGGCGGGAAUAGCUCGCUGCUGAGCCCCCAGCAUGCCGCAUCCCAUGCACAGGGCCUCGCUGCCGUCAUGCACGAGCAGCGCUCGCCCGCCUACGAUGCCACACACCCGCCGGCACCCUCGCCGGCAGGGAGCCAGCGUCCAGGCCUGCGACCGCAUGGCCAGAGCCUCGCCCAGGUGGUGGAGAGGACCAUGUACGCACAAAGACCGCCGACCGCCCCCUCGUCGACCCAGCAUCUGGCUCCCGCACCCUCGGCCAUAUCCUCCAACUACUCGGGCUUCUCCAGAUCGCAGACGUCUCUCAUAAGCGGCCUCAGCGAGAAGCUGUCCAGCACUUCGAAACCCUCGACGCCCGCUGCGCAACCACCCAAGACCUCCAAAUCGAGACUGCGAAACCCCAUGUCGCUGCUGCUGCGCCGGAGGUCUGGGCAGACACUCGAGGCUCUGCACGACGAAGCACUCGUGACCCAGCGAUCGCCAUCCAUUGUCCCUCCCAUUCCGGACAACUACGACCCCAGCAUCCGUGGUCGCAUCGUGCACGACUUCAGCGCGCCGAGGCCGAAUAGAAACUUUUCGUACAACAAUGCAUACGGAGACGAACCGCAGAAAGCAGAAGCGAGCCCGCCCAAGAUGGAACGAGAGCAUACGCCCGUCUUCACCGAGCACUUUGACGAUGACACAAGCUACGAACAGAGCCAGGCAGCGAUAAGAGCGGAGCAAUUGGCCAACAACGACUUUCUGAAGAGGAAUUCUUACAUACCUGAGCCUCCUGGCUACUCGCCGCCGCCACCACCAUCGCAAGAGCCUGGCAAACGAACUUCAUACCUUGCGGAGCCUCCCGCUCGAACCCCACCGCCGCCCCCGCCUGUACCGAAAGACUCGCCUACGCUACCGCCACAGUCUGCUUCACCACAGCCACCACCUGCCGAAGCCAACCAGGACUAUGCGUCGUUUGUUUUGUCGCCCGUGCAAGAAGCACCGAGCCCGUCGAGUCCAACCGAUGUGUCUGCCGAAGUCACGCCCAGGAAACGAAAAUCUACAAAGACACCGCCUGCUUCACGAUCACGAGCUGCUUCAAUGACGGAUCCAUCCUUCGUACCCGCCGGCUUGCCGAAGCACUUGACAAGUAGGGCUUCCAGGUUUAGCUUCCAGAUUGGUGGCGGAGAAUCCGCCGCGCAGGAGAAGAUGAUGGAGGAGCGACACAUACAAAAAGCGGCCGAAAAAGCAUCCAAGUCGGAAGCUCGAAUGUCGACCAAUAGCAUCGGAGACGAUUACGAGGAGUACGGCAUGGACGAUGACUUUGAUAUGGACGGUGGCUACGAGGAAGAAAUUCCCAUGCUUGGAGAAGAGGACGAGUACGGUGGCGGCCUGGGAGACCAGAUGUUGUCACCGGGUAUGGGUGCCUUCGACUUCUCGUCAUUGUCGAUACAGCCGAACAUGAACCCAAUGAGCCCGCUGAACGGCGAGAUGGCCACACCAAUAGACGCAAACGGAGAACGGAUAGGGUUCGCCAUGUCCGAAGAGUUGUUCCAUCCAAUGGACCCUGCAGCGGCAGGUUCUUUCCUGGGGCUUGGACAGGCACACGCGGAGAAUGUUCAGGGGCUUGGCUUGAUGAACCUCCCUCAAGAGCAUAUUCCCGCAGACAACUUCACGCCCGAUGAGUCGCCACAACGUGACCCUGUCGGAUCUACCAAAUCAGUCACAUUCGCUCAAGCGGGCUUGGGCGAUGAUCUGUAUUUCGAUGACGGUAUGAUCGAGGAGCAGGGUGAUGUUGAUGCGGCCGACUUCGACGAGGAAGUUUUUGACGACCCCGAGGGACCACUCUUUGACCGCAAAGUGAAGCCCCCGCCAGCAGAAGAGCUGCAUAAUAAUAUAGUAUCACAUCCGCUAGAAAAGCUCAACUCCGAGACUGGGUAUGAAGCAGACGACGACACGCUGUCGAAGCAUCUCGAGAUAUCCGAGCCUUCUCUAGUGCACAAGACGUCGAGGGCUCAGCCAAAUUCUGAUCGGAAUCUGAAUGCAUACCAUAGUGCGCUUGCGGAAGCUGCCAAUCGCGCUGAAGCAGAAGGACGAUUUGCGAGGAAAGCAAGCGCCGACGUUGGGCAACCAAGCUCCGAUGCAGACGAUUCUUCUUCGAUCAGCAACUCACGUCCCAGUCUCGUGCCCGACGACGGCCGAUUCAGUCAAGACACCACUGGAUUCCCGCCCGAGGACGAUGGCUUUGGUAUGAGCUCAGGUUUCGACGAUUAUGAUUACAGCGAGUACGAUGAUCUGAUGGACGACGACAUGAUGAUCGCCGAGGCCAACUCGGAGGCCCUAGCAAACGACUAUGAAGGUUUUUACGGGCAAGAAUUUGGAUUUUAUGCAGGUCCGCAAGGCGAGGCUGUCAAUGCAUACGGUGGCUACUUUGGUGCCUCUGGACUAGGUCGAAGUGUUAGUGGCCGCAACGCUAUGCGCGAACCCAACCUCACACCCAUCACGGAGCGCAGCGAAUAUAGCACUCGCAACUCUUUCAUCAGCGUUAGGAACUUGGACAAUUCCAUCACCAGCCCAGGGUUUAUGGGGCAAUCUCUCACCAGCCCGGCUCUGGCCCAGCUUGCCCGAAUCAGUCCCUAUGGGUGGCGUGAUGAGGAAGAUAUGAGCCUCGACGCGCUGAUGAGACUCCGCAAAGGUGCAUUCGGCAGCACAUCCAGUCUCCCUGCUGGCAGCCCGGGCACAAGUCCAAGAAACUCAUCGCCAAUGGGCAUGCAGUUUGUCCCGCGGACCGCCAGCCCAGCGGGCAAUCGUAUGCGCGAGCAUAACGACUCUUCCUUCGAAAGCGACGAGUCGGCCGCCAUCCUAGAAAGCCUCGCUGAGUCCGAAGAAGACGAGUUCGCGCACUUGGGCAACCCCGACUUCGACGACGGCGUCCUCGACGACGACGAAAACUCCGCCUACGAAGACCGACCCGACAGCCCGACCCUCACGGCAAGCGACUACAACUCGCUCUCCAGCCCAACCGGUAUGGCGCACUUUACGCCCCAGCCCCUGCCCCUCAUGCCCCUGCACUCGCCCCCCGCCAUCCCACCAGCGGGCAUCCCCCUUCCCAUCGUGGCGUAUGUGCGGGAGCAUGAUGAGUGUGGGGAGGGGCGGUGGGUGCUGGAAAGGCGGCGGACGGCCGAGAGCGGGGAGCUGGAGCUGGUGGGGCGGGAGAUUGUUGAGGGGGGCAGGAUUUGA